GAGCAUUGGAUCAUUCCUCAUAAAUAAUGGCAUCAAUAAAAACUUGAAAAUAGAUUGUUCUGUAAAUUUAAUACUUCUAUUACCACAACUAAUAUACUUCCAUUACCACAACUAAAACCAGUUUUAGUGGUAAUUGGAAAGAAACUCUCAGUAAGAAUGAAGGAGACAAUGGAAGGAUUUCUCUAAUGGAGUAAUUAAAAUGUCUUUAUUUUAAUUUAAUUUAUUUUAAAGAUAAACUUCACCUGAAAAUGCAUCGAACAGUAGGCCAUGUAACAUUCGAUGGAAGCAAAUUGUUUUAUAUUGAGCUGCAUGUUUGUGUUUUUUGUGUUUUUGUUUUUUUUUCUUAGUCUUAUGCUUGUAGGACUCAUUUCUUGUUAGUCAAUAUAACUUCAUGAUCAUGCUUCAAAAGUUUAAAAUUAAUAGGAUUAUUGUUUCUUAUGCUUGCAAUGAUUGCCACUUCUUCUAUUUCAAAAAAUAUUCUCUAUUGUUAUUUAAUUAAUGGAAUGAAACCUUAAUAUCUGAAAAUUUUGAGAUGCAUGAGUGGCAGAGUAUGGAAUGGGUGGAAUGGCGUCUGCACAUGGUGAUGUCUACAGUUAUGGGAUCCUUCUUUUGGAAAUGUUCACAGGAAAGAGACCAACUGAUGACAUGUUUGAAGAUAGUCUGAGCCUUCAUGAAUUUGCUAAAAUGGCUUUGCCUGAUCAAGUGAUGAGGAUUGUAGACCCACGUCUGCUCUUAGAAGAAGUUCGAGCUCUGAACAACAUACAAUAAUGCAACACUCCCUUGAGUAAAAUGCAAGAGUGCUUGGUUUCUAUAGUUGAAAUUGGUGUCUCAUGUUCUGUAGAAUCUCCAAACAAAAGAAUGAAGAUAAGAGAUAUUGUCGUGGAAAUGCACGCAAUCAGGGAUUUAUAUCUUGGGGCUGGAAUCUACCAAGACAGCCACAAUUGAGGGGCCAAGAUAGCUCUGUCCCUUUCCUUCUGAAGCUGUUUGAAGCAGUUGGAAAUGAUUCGUGCAGAUGGAGGUAUAUUGAGUGCAAGCUUGGUUCAGAUCGCUGCUGGUCUGGUUUUAUCUGUUGUAAGGUAAUUUGCUGUUGCUUUGGAAAAUCUUCUUGGGCUGAUGCUUUGGUAUGGGUGUUUUGGGAAGUUUACCUUGCUCUUUCUAGGAGGGAUUAUGCUCUGGCAUGGUGUAUUGCCUCUAGGCUGGAGAAGAGGGUCUAUGUUUCUAUUGUUCUGGCAUGGUGUAUUGCCUCUAGGCUGGAGCAGAGGGUCUCUGUUUCAAUGGGCUUCAAUCUUGAAUAUCUAUCUCUCUCGCAUUGGAAGCUUGGUGUUCAAUCUGUUUCUGGAGUGCUGUUGAAAAGGGUUGCUGGUUCUAGGAGCUGAGCCGUUGGCCUGGGUGCAAUGUGGCUGGAGGAGCUGAUGCGGAUCCCCAAAAGCACUUUCUCAUAUUUGUUGGUGUGUUUCUAGUGGCGCCCCGCUGAUUUCUUGUUCACCGAAUUAUCCCAACCUUUCAGCCCCUGCUUGGAGUUCUCUACCGGCUGAUUUGGUGGUAUUCCCCCUCUUUAUCUGUUUUAUAGGUCUUGGAAUUUUCUGGGUUCUUUAUAGUUUUGUGCAAAUUGAUCGUUACAAGCCGGGUCUUGGUUGGGCCCUACAGUACACUUGGAAUUUUGGAGGGUAUAAAUUUUAUUUUUAUUUUUUUGAAAAUUGUUAUAUUUGGAACCGAUCAUCAAAUGGACCAUCGAGCCAAUAUAUAUCAAAUUUAAGAUAAUCCCCCCGUUGGAUCAUCAAUCUAUUCCAUAGAUCAUUAAUCAGAACCAUCUAAAUUUAAAAACCAUUGUGCAGGAUGCCUUUGAUU